AUGUCCAGUGAAACUAACCAAGAGAGACAAGACAAUGAGCUGUUUGCUCUAAAGGCUAUUUACGGGGAUGCUGUUGUUGAUAAUCGUAAAAAAUCAGUAUGGAAUGAAUGGCGUCCACUCGAUGUACUUCUGACAUUGAAGCCGCUUCAAAAUUCCGAAGGAGAUCACUGCUGGGCAACUCUACAGUUUAUUUGUUGUCAUAAUUAUCCUGAUAAGUUGCCGACCAUAUCAAUACACAAAAUGCAAGGCCUGUCUGAUUCCAAGAAGUUAUUAAGCGAACUACAGGAGCUAGCGGCUCAAUUGUGCGGAGAAGUAAUGAUAUUCCAAUUAGCUCAGCACACUGAGCAAUUUCUUCGUGAUCAUUAUAAACCAACACUUUCAUGUUACGAUGAAAUGGUGAAACAGAAGACAGAAAUGGAGAAAAUGAAAAAACAUGACUUGGAAGUAAAAGAGUUUGAAGAGUUAAAACAUAUUAAAGAUGAGAUCCAGAAACGUCAAGAGGCUCUUCGUAGCGGCCGAGAUAGGAUUCCCAGUUGUAAUCUUGAUGUUGAUGAAAACGGACAAGGGGAUAUACCUAAAUUGGUAUUUUAUGCUGAUGAAAAAAUGUCGCCAAUUAAGAAGGUGUCAAAAAGGAGUUCGGAUUCAAUACCCUGUUGUUGUAAUAUAAAAGGAAUCCAAGUGCUUAGAUAUACACAGAGAAAUAGCAAGAAAGUUUAUAUUGGAAAUUGUAUUGGGCAUUCUUCAAACGGUUCUACAACUUACCUAGCGAUAGAUGACGACGGUGAUGGAUUAGUUGCCAAAAAAUGGACUCUAUCUGUUUCAUCGGAUUACCAAAUAAGAAAUCGUCAGUUAAAUGCUAUACAGCAAGACCUGAAAGUUAUGUCCAGAUUGAAACAUCCCUCCCUAGCACCAUACACGGCUAUGGAAAUGAUAACAGAAUCUAAACGAAAUCCGAGACAGAUUAUUUAUAUAUUCAGAGACUUCGUAUUGGGCAGUUCCAUGAAGUAUCUGAAAGAAAAAUCCAAAUUCGGCGAUCAGUUUGAAAGUUUGAAGUUAUUAAGACAAAUAGGGAUGGGAUUGUUUAGUGCGUUGAAGGAAUUGCAUAGCGUCAAUGUAUUGCAUCGUGAUGUUAGAAGUGAAACGGUCUUUUUAGAGGAGAGUGGUGCUGUUAAAUUAGUUGGAGCUAGCUUGGAUAUCAGAUUGUCAGAAAUUCUGGACGGCGAUAGCAUAUGUGAUAGACAGACAAAAUCUCACGAUAUAUACGCAGCCGCCCAGCUUCUGCUGUCAGUGCUGACUGAGGAGUCAGGUCAGGAGAUACCACCGGAUUUACCCAACUCAGUCAAGGAUUUCUUCUCAAGGUGCUUGACUGAGGAUGAACAUUUGCAAUGGUCAGCGGAACAGCUUGUUAAUCAUGCUUUCCUUGUAGAUGCACCAACGAAGCUGCCUAAUAGCAAAGAUAAUAAUGACAAUGAUAGUGACUCUGAGGGCGAUGAUGGUGCUAAAAGAAUCUCAAAUAUGACUUCCUUAGCAAACGGUCAUUCAAGGCUUAAUGUUGAAUUCGAAAUUCUUGCCUGGCUUGGUAAGGGAGCAUUCGGCGAUGUUGUUAAGGUGAGGAACAAACUCGACGGUGGAUUCUACGCAAUAAAACACGUCAAAUUGAAUCCCAAGAGUGUGGAAUUGAACAAGAAGAUUACCAGAGAAGUCAAGUUAUUAUCGCGAUUGAAUCAUGAAAAUGUCGUGAGGUAUUACAACGCUUGGGUCGAGACCAUAACUGAGACUGAAAUAGAAGAAAGUCAAGUUGUAGAGACUCCAGUGAAGAAAGGGGAUAGUCUGUCAGAUGUGGUCGCGAAACUCGGACAAGUUCAGAUAAACUGGUCUAUGUCGGAAGGCCCAGGACGAGUUAGAGAUGAGUGGUCCGAUAGUGAUGACGACUCUGAUGAUGAUGAACCCUGGUUUAAUAUAACAAGUCCGGAAGAAGAUUCAAGCAGUCUAGUAGCUUUUGAAGGGAACAACUCUCAAUCAGAGCCAACUCCUACCGAGGAAUCUGUAGACACCAAAUUGCCGCUGAAACAAGUACUGUACAUACAAAUGGAAUUUUGUGAGAAGAACACAUUGCGGCAAGCUAUCGAUGAUGCUUUGUAUCAUGAUCAUUUCCGAGCUUGGAGGCUGUUUAGGGAGAUACUAGAAGGUUUGGCCCACGUCCAUCAAAAAGGUAUGAUCCAUAGAGAUUUGAAACCUGUCAACAUAUUCUUAGAUUCCAAUGAUCACGUUAAAAUUGGGGAUUUUGGACUGGCUACCAAAGUAUUUACUGGACCUCCCGUUGAAGACAAACAAUCUCAAGACGAUACAGAUGGUCUACUCACAGGAAAGGUUGGUACAACUUUAUACGUUGCUCCGGAACUCCAACAGUCAGCAUCCAAAGUAAUAUAUAACCAGAAAGUAGAUAUCUACUCCUUGGGAAUUAUAUUAUUCGAAAUGUUCCACCCUCCAUUCGACACUGGGACCGAAAGAUACUUAGUUCUGAACAAUUUGAGGAAAAAAGAAAUUAUCAUGCCAAAGGAUUUUACAAGGGAAGAAAAUGCUAAGCAGAUUCAUGUUAUAAGGUGGCUAUUAGAUCAUGACGCGAGUCUCCGCCCCACGAGUCUGGAACUCUUGGGAUCAGAACACGUGCCUCGAGCUGUCCCAGAAGGAGCCUUGUGUGGUCUACUCUCACAUACCCUUAGUUCCAGAGGUUCCAGGGGUUACCAAAGGUUGAUAACAGCAUGCCUGGAUCAGAAACCUUCGGCUGCUGAAGAUUUCACAUAUCACAGUGGUGUGAAACCCAAAGAUAUGGAAAUUAUAGCUGGUAUCAAAGACGCCGUUGUCAAGGUAUUUCAAAGCCAUGGCGCCACAGAGUUUGCCCCUCCAUUGCUAACAUCGCGUUCUAAGCAUUGGGACCAGUAUGCCAACGCCGUAAAGGUGAUGACGUCAUCCGGCUCAGUGUGUCACCUACCUCACGACCUCAGGUUGCCAUUUGCAAGGCAUACAGCGUACACGGGUACCAAGUACGCCCGGCGCUACAUCAUCGAUCGAGUGUACAGGGAUACUGAACGAACGAUACAAGGAUUCCAUCCCAGAGAGAUCAUUGAGUGCGCCUUCGAUAUUGUCAAUCCGAAGACUGAUACAUUAUGGCCGGACGCUGAAUUAUUGGUGGUAGCGAGCCGAGCCGCUCAAGAAUGUUCUCUCAAAGUAACAAUACAACUGAACCACACGGAACUGUUGAAGACCUUGCUUCUGUCAUGCGGAGUACCGCUUGACAAACAUUCUGGAAUAUACCCCGUACUUGUUGAUGUCAGUCUAGGUCGGAUAACCAAUCUCCAGCUUCAAACUCACCUCACGACGUUGUGUGUGACACAUCGUGACGUCACCAACAUGCUGCGUCUCAUGGAGGCGGAUGUUCCGGUGGGGGAGGUGCGGGAGGUAGCGAGGGUGGGGAGGGGAGGGAGGGGGGAGACGGCUAUACGAGAGCUGGAGGCGGUUGUGACGUACGCCAGGAGUCUUGGAUGCGAAGUUCCCAUAACAGUGGCGCCCUUCCUCGCGUAUAAGGCUACACAACAUUGCGGCGUGUUCUGGCAGAUGUCUAUAGUAAGGCAGGACAGCAGCUGUAAACAUCGAGCCAGAGAUCUUAUAGCUGUUGGUGGCAGAUAUGACAAUUUGGUGGAAGAAUUCUGGAAAGUCGCGAGGGCUGUGAAGGAUAAUAAUACGGAAUUUAACUGUACGUCUGUGGGAUUUUCACUAUCUCUGGAAAGGGUCGCCGCCAUCUUGAAAAGCCAUGACGUAGAAAUAGCACCAGUUGUUAGAAACAGUGAGUGCAACACAGUGUGCGUGUGCGUGUCCACCAAGUCGUCCUUAGAGUCGAAGUGUGCCCGCCUGGCUCGUUCGUUGUGGUCAGGCGGGUACUCGGCCGUGUUAUGGUCUGCGGCCGCUGCUGACGCUCACCACCGUACACUGGCGCCACUUGUACUUGAACAUGAUCAAGGUCACGUGAUCGUAUCCUGCUGGGAAGGUAGAAGUGUACGUUUUUUCAAACAGUCUGCCGCAGAUGUUUUGGAGUUUGUCAAACAGAAGAUAAGUCCGUAUUCUUCUAUACGGAGUUCUGAUUUCACAAACAACCGUACAAUCAGUUGGCCGGAGGGAGAAAAAACCAACACUCCAUACAUUUUCGUAUCAUUUAUAAACUCAGGCGGCAGGAUAUCAAAAACUAUGAGGAGAUCACACGAAGUACAAAUAAACAACCAAAUAACAACGAUACUCACGAACUUGGGACUGUCAGCGAUGUUUUCCCGUGUUCGUGUUAGUGUGGUCGCACUGAACUGUGAUUCACGUUGCGUACGUCAGUUGAGUGCAGCAUUCAGUGUACCUUUGGAGGUACGAGACCUCCCUAAAGCUAUCGCCAAUGUCAGUGAUCUGUUCCCCAAAUACCAGACUACGUUAGACGAAGUUCUUAGCGAGUUAACGAACAUCGUCAAACAGAACAACCAAAGCGGUGGGCCAGACGAAAUUCAGUUAUACGCGUUUUAUUCAUUACCAUAUACAUUAUGUAGACUCGUUACUUGA